AUGAAAGGAAAAACUUCACGGGUGUUGUACUAUUUUCUGCUCUUGGCUUCAUUAGCCUUCAAGCCAAGUUCCUGCUCCAGUACUUUGUCAAUUGGGAAAAAGUACUUUGUGCGUAUCGUCAACGAUCUGGACAACAAACCACUUGACUUCAGUUGUAAAUCUGGUGAUGAUCAAAUCAAUCGCAGUCUUCCUACUGCUGGAUCACAGUUUGAAUUUGGAUUUCGACUCGGGUUUACGACUCAGUUCAAUUGUGACCUGCGGUACUCAACUUACCAUGCUAUGAUUAUUGCGUUUAGAGAUGACGAGGCUCUUCUUAAUGAUUGUGGUGGAGUGCAUUGCAUAUGGAGUGCGAGAGAGGAUGGAAUAUACUUAUAUAGGAUCAAGCAUGAUGAUUAUAAAAAGUGGUAUGACUGGGAAAAGCAAAUUCAAACAUGA